AUGCAGGGCCUUGGGGCAGGCAGCUGGCCCCACAUUACAAUUAACUUACCAAAGAGCACGCCUCCGACUGACGUGAGAGGUGCUGAUGCCAUGCCUGCGUCACAUACUACUGAGGGAUAUCCGGCUCCUGCUUUUGCGGAAGGCCCUGGCGACGCCUCUAAAAUGUCACCCAUUCCAACGCCCAGUCCUACUUCACCGCGAGAAGGAUGGGGCCAGGGUGGUGCUUUAAGGUCACUUACUGCUGACCGAUUUCAGGCUCCUGCCUCACCGGAAAGCCCUGGCAACGCCUCUAAAUUUCCGCCCAUCUCAACGCCCAGUCCUAAUUCACCGCGAGAAGGAUGGGGCCAGGGUGGGGCUUCAAAGUCACCUACCUCUGCGGACUUUCCGGCUCCUUCUCUUCUGGAACGCACUGGCGGCGCUGGUAACAUGCAACCCACCUCAACUUCCUGCCCUACUUCACCGCGAGAAGGACACGGUCCGACUGGUGCUUUAAAGUCACCUCCCCUUCGGGACGUUCCGGCGCCUACAUUGCCAGAACGCCCUGGUGACGCUGGUAACGUGCAACCCAUCUCAGUGCCCAGCUCUAAUUCAUUGCGAGAAGGAUGGGGGCAGGGUGGUGCUCUAAAGUCACCUCCCGUUCCGGAAGUUCCAGCUCCUACUUUACCGGAAGGCCCUGUUGAUGCUUGCAGCUUCCCACCUAUCUCACCGCCCAGCUCUGGUUCCCCGCGAGAAGCACUUGGCCGAGCUGGUGUUUUUAAGGUAAUGAUUACUGCUGGGGUGUCACUGCACAACCUAUGA